AUGGACGAGUCACAUGAUGAAGCCUUGGCUGGGUCGAGCUCGGCGGAUCGCAACCCGUUCAUCUUGCCCGCCGAUGAGGAAGUGUUUCGCAUGCGACAGGAAGAGAAGUCUAGAAAAGCAAAGGAGCGAGUCGCACGGAGAGGGCAAAAGGUAUGGCAAAAGACGACCAAGAGCGCCGUAUCGGGGCGCUCGGCGAAGAUUGGCGACCUGUUGAAAAAUACCGGGGCGGCCAUAGUAGGCGGAGAGGAUAGCACUCCCGGAAAGCGAGCGCUCGCCAACGCCGAGAUGAUGCACCAGGCGGCCACAAUGAUCACCAACGAUCGGCAGCAAGAGAAGGAAAGCAUGGCGGAGUUCAUUUCGAAAAAGCGAGAGAUGUUCCUCGUUCAGAUGAGCCUGGACACAAAGCGCGAGGAGAUACGGAAGCUAGAAGAGAAGGCCAGGAUGAAGGAGGAGGCUUUGAGGAAGAGCGAGCAGAUGUUGGAGGAAGAUGCGAUUCGCUUCGACACGUUUCUCAAAGAGAACGACAAGAAGGCGCAUGAGGCAAUCAAGAAAGCCGAGCGAGAGACGAAGUUAAAAACAGACAAGGCCCAAGAGAUUAAGAAACUCAACCAGCAGAUUCAGAUGGUGCAGAGCGACAUGAGCAAGCACCGAGAAGCCCUGGAGGACUGCCUCAGGUAUAAAGAGUUCCUGGACAGUCUGGUUCCUCCAGAGUGGUUCGAGGAGCAAAAUCAGAUCAAGUGCGACAGGCAGCAACAGCGAAGGCAGGCUCGGAUCAAGCAGAAGAAGAAGUCGUACGAGGAGGCGAAGAAGAAGGUGCUUGCAGAGUUCGUGGAGGAAGAACGAAGGAGAGAUGAGGCGCUGGCGAAGCAGGGACGAGUCAAGAAAAAGAGCGAGAAGAAGGCGAGGCAGCCGGACCUCCCUCCCCCGCCGAAGCUGGACCAGGAACCCCUCACCUCGAGCGAGGAGGACAUCCCGAUGUUCUUCACGAAGCAAGAACAGCUACUCGACAUAUUUCAGGCAUUAGAGGAGCAGAACCUGUUCUUUAUCCAGAACUCCCAGGAGACGGAGCACGCGCUGGACGAGCUCAAGCAGAACUUUGGCAAGGUGCAGAAGACGAUGGACACCAAGACACAGGCCCUACGAUCAAACAUCCGGGAGCUGGUAGAUAGCAUCGAUGUGGAGGAAGCUAAGGCGGAGCAGCUGAGGAAAAGGAUCGCCGCCAGCACCGGGGACACGCUGGACCGUCAGGAGGAGCUCCUCAAGCAGCUCAACAAGGAGGUCAAGCAUGUGUAUGAGCGUUGCGGUUUCGACGCGUCGUCGAGCCCGACUACCCUGUACAUGCUGAGCGACCUGGAGGCCCGCCUGGAAGACCUGCUGAGCGAUAUCGGACAGAUGCCAGAGGAGUACGUCGCCAAGGCCGAGAAGGAAAAGGAGAAGAAGAGGAGAGAGAAGAAGCGGGCGGAGCAGCAGGCUCUGCAAGAGCGCAUGCAGGAGGAACGCAAUCGCAAGGCCAUCGAACGGUCCUUGCAAGCUCCGCGCAAGAAAGUUGGUCGGCCAGUGAUGUUCCGAAGCCGCCUUCAGAAGCGGAAGGUCAGCAAGAACAAAGACAUGUCCCACGGAGAAGACCUCGACGAGAUCAAGCACCUCACGUAG